GCGAAAAAUGGCGGAAUGUACUAUUUCCCGUUGCUCCCAAGAGCGACGUAUAUUUCGCAAAGAAUUGCACAAAUGGAGCAAAGAAAUACUUUACACAUUAGGUUUAGAACGCCUUGCCGAAGAGCUAAUGGGAGCACGGAAAUGGAAAAUUCUUGUACAGCCAUUUACAGAUUUAGAAAGCAACAGUCCGGCUGACUGGUAUCCAGAAGAUACGUGUUAUUUUUGUAGUGCAAAAAAACAACCGCCAUAUGAUCCCGCUAGUGGUAUAAUCCCUACCAUAGAUGGCUAUAGCUCAUUGCGAAUUGAUACAGAUGAACAUUCAACAUCAUCUGAUCAAGGCAAUAUAUCAGGUUCCUUUACCUCUUGCGCCUCAGCAUUAUCGCCUUGGCAUAUUGCAGCCUUAUCCUCUCAUGGUGUUUCAUGUUCACCACCACCAUUGGAUCAGCCUUUAGAUUUGAGUGUGAAUUCUAUGAGACUGCCUGCAAAUGAUACAGCAAUAUGUUCUGGCAAAAAACAUUCCAGUCUUGUGAACUAUGUAGAUGAAAACGACAGUGGUAUUAAUUCUGUUUUAAAAGUUCCACAAAUUCCUUUGAAACCUGGGCAUCGCAGAAGGCUGGAUGUGAAUUCUAAGAGGUCAUAUACAGAAGAAGAACUGCAAGCGGCUUUGAGAGAUAUUCAAAGUGGCAAAUUAGGCACCAGACGAGCUGCUGUUAUUUAUGGAAUUCCACGUUCAACCCUACGAAACAAAGUAUAUAAAUUGGCCAACGAAUCAAAAAGCAGAGCACAUUGCAGGGCUACACAUACUGGUGGAGUUUCGACAAAGAAAGAGCAAAUGAAAAAUUCAAAAGGAAAUGAAGAGCUUGAAGUACCGGUGUAUGAGAGUGCAAGUAGCAAGCAAAAUAUAGCCUCUGCUAGUGACUCUCUUCGUCUGUUGCUAAAACAGACUAUAACUCAAAAAUUUAACAAUUCCAAAGGCACUGAAAAAUUAAAUGACACAAAUAUUGAUUUUCCUCAAACAUCUGAUGUUGAAGCAAUGAAAGAAUUCCAAAUGCUUAGUAGUUUAGAGUGCCAACAAGCUCUUGCACCAGUUCUCUCCCAUGUUUUCUCAGAUAUCCAGCAGUUAGCAUUGGGGAAGACAAAAGAAAAUAGCAAUUGUUCUAGCCAAUCACUUUCUGCCUUAAAAGAUGAUUUGAAAUUGCCUCUUUUGCCUGAUUUGAUUCGUCGUCUAGCAGAAGAGCGAAUAGAGUUAGAAAGAGAUACACACAAAGAUUCUGAAGUUACUGAUCCAGAUGGAUUAACAGACAAUUCUGGCACUCCAUCUAAUGUGAUACUGAAAGUUCCGUCCUUUAAACCAGCUAAGUCUCCACCCAUAAAUAAUGAAGUGGACAAUCCCCUUGUCCCUGCGUUAUCUUCCUCAUCUCCCCCACCGGGAACUUCUAGUCAUGCCCUCUCAGGGAAUAAAGGGAUUGCUGUAUCAUUAAAAGAGCUCAUUGCAAGAAGCAUCAGUACAAAAGUUAACUGCCAACGUAAGGAUAAAGCCAUUGAUGAAGAGCCCAGUGUAGAUUACUCAAUAACUCCAGCAAGCAGUGACAGUUCCCCUUGCAAUAUGUCUUGGACAAUUGAAAAUCCAUCUAAAGAUGGGAAGGAAAGCACAUUGUCAACAAUAAACAAUUCCUCAAAUUCUUCAGAUAGUUCUAAAUCAGAAAAACGUACACGUCCUAAGAGAGGUCGCUAUCGAAACUAUGAUCGAGACAAUUUAGCUAGAGCAGUUAGAGCUGUACAAAAAGGUGAAAUGAGUGUGCAUCGUGCUGGAACAUUUUAUGGUGUUCCUCAUUCAACUCUUGAAUAUAAAGUUAAGGAGAGGCAUCUACUAAGACCCAGGAAAAGAGAUGCUCUAAGUAAUUCACUAGUAGUUGAUACAACUGAGUCAGCACUCAAAACCAAUAACUCAUAUUCAAUUGAAAACAAUGUCAGUGUUAAAAACUUGAAGAUAAACCUUAAUCAGUUCGCAGUAGAAUCAACGAAUGGAUUAUCUACUGAUGUUGAACAGCCUCACCGUCCAACCAUGGGCUCAUACCCGUCCCCUUUAUCUUUGUGGCAAAGCAUGCCAUUUUUAUCUCUUGAUUUUUCUCAGUUAGGUUCAAAUAAUUUUUUUGCAUCCCAAAUGAUGAGGAAGCUUCAAGAAAAUGCCAGACUUCAUGAGGAAACCCAAAAAAGAGAAAAGCAGAAAGGCCAAGAUUUUGGAAUUUUAGAGAGUUUAAUUAAAUCUACUCUUGAAAGGUCUGUGUCUCCUGAGAGUAAGUCCACUCUUAUUUUGUCAUCAGACACUUCACCCGUAUUAUCAGAGUGCAAAAGAAUGGAUGACAUGAAUGAAAAAUGAUUUAUUUACCAAUGAUGUGUAAAGUUGAAUGAUUCAGCUGUUAUCAUGAUGAAGUGCUCAUUAAGCACUCUAAACAGCUUGUUUUUCAAAUGUGUAAGAGUAUAUUUCAUGUGUUUCCAGGGUGCCUUUGAAAUAGGCCAUUUUUGUCCUGGUCUGGGAUGUCCAAGCUAGUCUUAAAAUUUGCUGUGAUCUAAAUGAAACUGGAUUAACUUCUUGAAAAUAUCUUCUUAGAAGAAUAACUUCUUUAAAACAGUGUUUACGUAUGAAAUGUUUGAAAGUAAUUUCAUAUUGAACAAAUAAGUGCAGUUUUUAUGAAAGCAAGUUGUCUGCAAUGAAAUCCAUCUAAUUCCUUUUAUGAUAACAUGUAAUACUUUAAAAAUUAAGCUUGUGUGUUAUCUAUAAUCAUGAAAAAGAAAAACACAAAGAAAGCAGGAAAAAAAAAACAUUAGCUUCUCAAAUAUUUAAAUUUUGUAUGUGAUGUGAUUUGUGUGUUUGCUUGGCAUUCAUUCUCUGACUUAUUUACAGUGUAUGGUCAGUGAGCCUCUAAGGUAAACAUGCAACUGCGUAUUCUGUUCAGAAGGUACAGUAUUUUUGUUAGUUUUUUUUUUACACUUCUAUGGACGACAUUUUGUACUUUACCUUGUAUGAAAUGUAACUGCCAAUGGAUCACAUACAAUGAAUGAAUGAUUUUAAAUCUGCCUUUGUGAAUGUUAUAGCUUAUGUAAUACAGAAGCAUUAUAUAUCUAUAUAUAUAUAUACACAUUCACAUUAUAUCAAUAAGCUAUCUCCAAGAAUUGCGUGAGUAAUAUUGUACUUUCAUAUUGUCAUGCACGAUCAUCCGAGUGACCUGCCACUGUCUUGUAAAUUUUUCUCUGGGAGAUGCUUAAAAAUUUCAAAGAAGAAUUAAAACUAUCUUAUAGCACAUCCCAAUUGUUAACAUUUACCCCUAUACUUGUUAACGGGUUCCUUUGGGUUUGAUAUGCUCUAAUACCAAUUUUGUAAAUAUAUAUAUAUAUAUUAUAUAUAUGUCUAUAUUUGAAAUUGUAAAAACUGGGUCCAUUGCUAUCAAAAGAUCAUAUCUAAUUUUAUAUCAUGAAAGUUUCACUAGUAAAAUAUUUCAUUUAAAUGAGCAAUUACUUUGAUUUAAUGAUAAAUUUUUAAUCUUUACAAAAAUGUGUAACUGUAACACUUACAGUUUUUAAUUUCUUUUUCAAAAAUUACUUAAAUUUUAAUUGUAGGGCCAUUCGUGAUAUUCAUCGUUCCCUAAUCAAAAGAUAUUUCCUAUAUAUAGUGACAUAGAUUUACCUUUCACAGAACAGUGCAUCGAAAUCCAGAAGCUUUUCUUAUUCAUGUAUCUAAAGAUAGUAUUAUUUAGGUAAAGAAAAUUUGUGAAAUUUCAACAGGGUGAAUGUCAGUGACUGUUUGGCAUGCAGUCAAAAACUAGCAUUUAGCAGACAGAAGUUGUGUGUUUGUUGUGAUCUAGAUUUUGAAAAUCAAAUUAUCUAUUUUUAAGUAAUUCUCAGAACAAUUAAACAUUCCAUGUUUAACCUUAGUUUUUUAAAAUGUUACUAAUUUUUAACUAUGUGUGUGGUGUGUGUCCCAAUUUUGAAAUCUGGUGCAAUAGGUUUAAUCUUGAAAAAAUGGUGAAAAAUAUUUAUAUUAAAUUUAUAAUUUUUUGUUUGUUAUUUUAAGCACAAUUGAAAAGUGGAUUAUUCAGUGUUAAUUUUGUUCGUUGAUAUUUUUGAGUUGAAUCUUGUAAUGUAAAAUAUUUGCAUUACAUUAAAGCCAAAAAUCAAUAAUUUAGCUAUUCCUUUUUAGCAUGUUGCUUGUUUUUCAUCAUAAUUUUUUUAUGUAUAUUUGCAAGAUUAUGUAUGUUUAUUUGUUAUAGGUUAAAUGCUAUAUUUACAAAUUAGAAAUUUAAUUGUUAUUGUUAUUAGAAAUUUAUUUUAUUGCCUUUGUCAUUUUUUCUUUAUUGUGAUAAUCGAGAGGCAAGAUAUAUGAUGUUGAGUUUUUACAUCAUUUUUUAGUUCCCAGCAUCAGAUAAAUCCUACAGAAAUGAUAAAUAUAAAUUAUAUGAUACGAUUGUACAAAAGAUGAAUUUUUUUGGAUUUUUAAUAUUUUGCAACAUGAGCUAUCCCUUAAGUUUCAAAAUUUUACGGAAAUAGCAAAAGUAUUUAUAAAUAAGUAAGUAUAAAAGUAAGAAAAAAAAACAUUUCUGUACAUUUUAUUUUAAGGUUAUUCUUUUUUAAAAAUGAAAUUGAAACUUUUUGUUGGCGAAAUAUGUUGAUUGUCUGAAAAUUUUGAAAUACGUUGAUUUUUUAAAAAAAAAUAUGCUAUUCACAUUCCACUCUAGCACAUAUGUGGCUGUGUAAUACAAUCUGUUAUGAAUAUAUUUUCAAUUUCUUCCUAAUUAUUUGAAUUGUUAAAAAAGAACCCCUUGUGAUGAUUACUUUAAUUGACUUGGGAACACUAGUGAAACAGUAUUAUAAGUCAUGUAUUAAGUUCAGAACUUUCAUAUUUUUUAUGAUUACUGAGUUUUUUUGGAGAUGUAAUUUAUAUACUCAUCUAUUUUACAUUUUCUGCAACUCCUAUCUGUGUAUACUUUAUAUUCAAAGCAGUUUCAUCAUGCAAUGGUUUUUGACCAAUUACCAAUAAAUGUAAUUACUGACUAAACUUGAAGGUGCUAAUACUAUUUUAUAAAUCAUGCUUUAUGUUAUGGCAUAGUCUUGAAAAGAAGAUAAGAAUAGCUGUUACAUAUGUCAAUAGUUCAUAAUCUUUAUAUGAUAACCUAUAGUGUUAUUCGGUUUUACUGGGAUAACAUAGUUAUAUUUUUACAGGUACUUGAUAUUAAUAAAAUCAGUGUAAAUCAGCGAUAAAAUAUUUGUCAUGUAAAUAAUCUGCUACUCAAAAACUUCAUUGGAGUUAAUUCAGUUAGUUUGCAAUAUUUUUUAAUGCGGCAAUGGUGGUAGUUUUGAAAUUGUGUAUAUGAAUUCGACGUAUUUUUAGAAAUAAAUGAAGUUAACUUUUUUCCCCCCAAACUUAAAAUGUGUAUAUACCAUUAACAAUAAGAUAUGAGAUAUGUUUUGAGUUUGAGAUAAUUUAAAAUAUUAAAGUUCAGAGAAAUAUUUUAAAAGUGGAUGUAUUCCAUGAUAGGAAAACAAGAGGUAUUUUAUUGAAGCAUUCACUAGCUAUUACUAGGUACUUUUAAUUACUCUGUUGUUGGAUUUAUACUUUUCUUAAAUCUCUAGAUGUAUUAUUGUACUUCAGCAAUUUUUUUCGCUCCUCUGCAGUCAAUAGUAUAUGUCCAUUAGUCUUAAAUUCUACUUGAAAAUCAUCUGUGUGAUUUUGAAAAGUUGACAUUUGAGUGAAAAGAUUGUAUCAUUUGGUGCAUUAAGUGUUAAAAUCUAAUUCAGAUAAUGGUUGCUUCUCUGGAUUUUGCACGCAUAUAUUUUCUUAUCUAAUGUUUAUUGCCUUUUGCAUGAUCAGUGAAAUCUGUUUACAGAUUUAAUUAUAAACUUUUAUAAUGUUGAACAACAACAUUUUUCCUUUUGUUAUCUUUACAACUGAUAUCAAAUUGAAAAUUUUGGAGAAAUUAUUUAGAAUUAUGGAUAUGCAUGUCUUCAUAACACUUGUUUAUUUCAUCAAUACUCUCCAUACUUCUUUUUAUAUUUUCUUCUUACUUUUUAGGUAUUAAACAUUCAAUUUUUACUUUUAAAAGAACAUCAACAGCAAAAAAAAAAAAAAAAAGAAAGAAAGAAGAGGGGGAGAAAUAGUGUGCCAAACAAAUGUAUUUUUAGUAUCAAUAUGGCAUGCAUUAGUGCAUUAAACACUAAUAAUUCUGCUUGAUCACAUUCAUACUUUUCAUGUUUUUGAAAUUUAAUUAGUGUAGUUAAUUAUUACAAGUUGACUUGGGUCUCCGUGUUAAUUGAAUGUUACUUGAAAGUGACUAACCCAAUGUUUUCCCCCAUUUUGAACCACAAAUAUAUGUAUUAUGUUUUAAAGUUUGAGGUUCUGUUGUUUUUGCUUUAAGCACAAUCUUUUAAUGUGUUCUAGCUAAAUUGACUAUUAUUCUGUGAUGUAUAAUUUGUUUUAGUUUUGAAAUAUGAAAAGAAUAAAAUAAUAAUAAAUAUUUCUUUAAAAAAAUGUUUUAAAAUGUGGUAAAGCCUAAAAUGUAAUUUUUUAGUGGUGCAAAAGUCUGCAUAUGUAAAUUGAGUGAACAAUAUUUUUUCCACUAGUUUUCUGAUGGUAUAUUUCUAAUCAUUGUUUUAAAAAUAAAACAUCAGAAAGCUUUAAAAAUUCAGUAUUCUAAAUAUUUAGUUUAGGAGCAUUUGUAGUUGAUUAUAUCUACCCCCAACAAAAGUGAUCAUGGACUGAAUUAUUGCUUGGUUAUAUUUAGCACCUAAUCAUUUUCAGUAAAGCUUUAAAAUUAAACUUAUUUUUGUCCCUUUUAGAAAACCAAAAUCUGAGCUAUCAAGUAUAAAAUUUUCAACCUCUUAAAAGUUUUACAUAUUUGCAUUUCCUCAUUAUAAUUAAAAAAUAUUAGUUAAUAGUUUUUCAAUAAAAAAUUAAUUUGAUAAUUUAUAAGAUGAGCUGGGAUCUCCAUGGCUCUGUAGUAGAAACUUUGAUUCAUAUGCCAAAGGCCGUUUACUCGA